GAACAUUAUAACCCGGAAAUAGCUACAGGGUAAAUUCUAAUAGUGUAUCUGACUAAUUCAGUGAUGUUAACUGAGAUGGAUCAAAUAAAAAUGUCUGAAUUGAUAUUGACUCAUGCCCUGGAGAUCAUUUACCUGCUGGCUGGGGAGGUCUCAGUCUUUCAGGAUUUGAUAAACUCACUGAUGAUGCGAGAGAUGAACAAGGACAAAAUGACUGAGAGAAUCUUGGUUCGCGUCCUGAGGAUCAUCUGUCUGCUGACCGGAGAGGAAUACACCAUUGUGAAGAAGAACUCACCCCAUAGCAGCAUUCAUCAGCUGACUGGAGAGGUCCCUAUAAAGUGUGGUGAUGUUGCAGUGUACUUCUCUAUGGAGGAGUGGGAGUAUAUAGAGGGACACAAGGAACUUUACAAGGACGUCAUGAACGAGUAUCAGCAGUCGCUUAACAUUGUGAGGAUCCCAGGAAACAGGAGCGCAGGUAACGUUCCAUCCAGUUUUAAACAGACAGAAGAUUCAUAUGUUAGAAGUCACCAAAAAACCACAGAGCAAAAAACCUAUAACAAUAUUAGCACAGAAUUAUCUGCAUGCUGGAAUAUCUCUGGAAAACAUCAGAAUGCAGUCCCUUGUAUCAACAAGCCAAGCCAAGAAAUCAACAACAUAUCGGAUGUCCACCAAAAAGAUUCUGUAAAGAAGUGUUACAAUGAUUGUGCUCUACAAGAACACAACAAACAAAUCAUUCACUUGAAAACGAAAAAAUAUGAUGAAAAAUGCAACUUUCUUGACAAAAGCCCAGAAAUUGUUACCCAUCAGACAACUGACAGUAGAAAUAAACCAUUAGAACAUCGUUUUUAUGGGAAAUUGUUUAGCCACAUAGCAAACCAACGUUCAACUGGUAACACAAGAGAAAAGACGUUUUCUUGUUCCGCAUGUGGGAAAUGUUUUGCCCAGAAAUUAGGUCUAACUAGACACUGGCCCAUUCAUACGGGAGAUAAACCAUUUUCAUGUUCUGAAUGUGGGACAUGUUUUAGCCGUAAAUCACAACUUAUUAUACAUCAGAGAAAACAUAAAGGAGAGCGACCGUUUUCAUGUUCUGAAUGUGGUAAGUGUUUUGUCCAGAAAUCAGACCUUAAUAGACAUCAGAAUAUUCAUACUGGAGAAAAACCGUUCUCUUGUUCUAUUUGUGGAAAAAGUUUUAGCCAGAAAGCCAUCCUUAAAAGACACCAAAACAUUCAUACUGGGGAGAAACGAUUUUUAUGUUCUGUAUGUGGGAAAUGUUUUACCCAACAAUCUGACCUUUCUAGACAUCAGAACAUUCAUAAAGAAGAGAAAUCAUAUUUUUGUACAGAAUGUGGGAAAUGUUUUACUCGGCAAACAAACCUUAUAGAACACCAGAAACUUCAUAAAGGAGAAAGAAUAUUUUCAUGUACGAAAUGUGGGAAAUGUUUUACUCGGCAAACAAACCUUAUAAGACAUCUGAGAAUUCAUAACUGAUAAAAAAUAGUUUUUAUGUUAUGACAGUAACAAGUGAUGUCAUUAAGACACCCUUUAGCCUAGGGGUGGGCAAUUAUCGGCCCUCCAUAUGUUAUGGACUACAUCUCCCAUAAUGCUCUUUCAGCCAUAAUGCUGGCAAAGCAUCAUGGGAGAUGUCCAUAACAUCUGGAAGGCAGAUAGUUGCCCACCCCUGCUUUAGCCCUACACUAUAAAGUUAUUAAAUGGAUGAUAAAGUCAAACUUAAACUCUCAUGAAUCAGAUAGAGGAUUUCAUUUUAAAUAACUAUCCAAUUUACUUCUAUUAUUACAUUUGACUUCAUUCUUUUGCUAUUCUUUGUUUAAAAGCACACCUAGGUAGGCCCAUACUUGUGUCCUGAGCACUACAUUGCAGUAGUGUUUAUUACAAUGUUUUCAACAAUGUUGUACAUAGUUGAGCAUUUGAUGGCAUCAGUGUUUAUAAUAAUGUAUAGCAAUGUUACAAAUAUUGUUGCCUUAGAUGUGGAGGCUCCUGAAUCUACAUAGGUAUGCUCUUCAACAAAGAAUACCAAAAGAAUAGAGUAAAUUUGAUACUAGAAGUAAAUAGGGCAUUUGUUAAAAUGAUGUGCUCUAUCUGAAUCAUGAUAGAUGGGAAAAAACCUCAUCAAAUCAUAAUGAAAUACUUCUGACAAAAUCGUAUUUAAAAAAAUAAAAAUAAAUUUGUAUUGAAAUUGUGCAGGAAUAACCACUUUAAGAUACACAAUAGAAAUCAUGAUAUAACUACACUGCACGUGUAAAAACCGCAGUGAAACUCGUAAUUAUAAUACGAAAUUAAAAUGCGUAUUUCUUUCAUGUAAUUAGCAAGAGUCCAUGAGCUAGUGACGUAUGGGAUAUACAUUCCUA